AUGGCUCCUCACGCGGAAGUCGGCACGGGCUCCUCGAACGGGGCUUACACCAACGGCCGAGGCUCUUCGGCCCACCAGGACCUCUUCACCGUCAACUCCCCCAAUGUCACCUACACUGAUGCGGAGAUUCGCUCCAAGUACACCUACCGCACCACCAAAGUCGACGUUGACGCCAAUGGCAAGUAUGUUGCUACUCCCAAUGAGACCCUCUACGACUUCAAGGUCGACCGCAAGAUUCCCAAGGUCGGCAUGAUGCUGGUCGGUUGGGGCGGCAACAACGGUACCACCGUCACCGCCGGCAUCCUCGCCAACCGCCGCCAGCUCUCCUGGGAGACCAAGGAGGGUCCUCGCGAGUCCAACUACUAUGGUUCCGUUGUCAUGGGCUCGACCCUCAAGCUCGGCACCGAUGCCAAGACCCACCAGGAGGUCAACAUCCCCUUCCACAACAUCUUGCCCAUGGUCCACCCCAACGACCUCGUCAUUGGCGGCUGGGACAUUAGCAAGCUGAACCUGGCUCAGGCCAUGGACCGCGCCCAGGUCCUUGAGCCUACCCUCAAGGCCCAGGUCAAGAAGGAGAUGGCCGAGAUGGUUCCUCUUCCCUCCAUCUACUACCCUGACUUCAUUGCUGCCAACCAGGAGGAUCGCGCCGACAACGUCCUCGAGGGUACCAAGGCUUCCAUGGCUCACGUUGAGCAGCUCCGCAAGGACAUUCGUGACUUCAAGGCUAAGAACGGUCUUGACAAGGUCAUUGUCAUGUGGACUGCCAAUACUGAGCGAUAUGCCGACCUCAUCCAGGGUGUCAACGACACGGCCGACAACCUUCUCAAGGCCAUUGAGCAAGGUCAUGAGGAGGUUGCUCCCUCGACCGUCUUUGCUGUCGCCUGUAUCCUUGAGGGCGCCCCCUUCAUCAACGGUUCUCCCCAGAACACCUUUGUCCCUGGUGCCAUUGAGCUUGCCGAGAAGCACAACGCCUUCAUUGGUGGUGAUGACUUCAAGUCUGGCCAGACCAAGAUGAAGUCGGCCCUUGUUGACUUCCUCAUCAACGCCGGUAUCAAGUUGACCUCUAUUGCCAGCUACAACCAUCUUGGCAACAAUGACGGCAAGAACCUGAGCUCCCAGAAGCAGUUCCGCUCCAAGGAGAUUUCCAAGUCCAAUGUCGUUGACGACAUGGUCGAGGCUAACCACGUGCUGUACAAGAAGGGUGAGCAUCCCGACCACUGUGUUGUGAUCAAGUACAUGCCCGCGGUUGCCGACAACAAGCGUGCUCUCGAUGAGUACUACGCUGAGAUUUUCAUGGGUGGCCACCAGACCAUUUCGAUGUUCAACAUCUGCGAGGACUCUCUCCUUGCUUCUCCCCUGAUCAUCGACCUGGUCAUCAUUGCUGAGAUGAUGUCUCGUAUCCAGUGGAAGGCUGCGUCUACUGACGGAGCUGCCACCACUGAGUACAAGAGCUUCCACAGCGUCCUGAGUGUGCUCAGCUACAUGCUCAAGGCUCCUCUGACUCCUCCCGGCACUCCGGUUGUCAACGCUCUUGCCAAGCAGCGCGCGGCUUUGACCAACAUCUUCCGCGCCUGUGUCGGUCUUGAGCCCGAGUCUGACAUGACCCUUGAGCACAAGCUCUUCUAA